UUAGAGUCGAUCAGAGUGGGAUCUGUGCCUGUCACUGGGUCUCUUUGUCUCAGCCCAUCAUAUACACAUUCACAGCAGUCAUCACUCUCUCUCUCUCUCUCUCUCUCUCUCUCUCUCUCUCACACACACACACACACACAUACACACAAAAACACAUGCACGCUUGCACCGGCCAACAUAUGGAGUACUACUGCUUCAUCCUGCUCUGGAUCUGCAGCCAGCACUUAGGUGAGUGAAAGGUUUCCAUGACUGCUUCAAUAUCGACACAAAGAGACACAGGGUCAUCAAAGGCCCUAAACAAGCCCAGUUUGGAUACACUGUUCAGCAACAUAUGGCUGCCAGAGGAGAGAAGUGGUUAUUAGUGGGUGCCCCAUAUGAAAUGAAUGGCCCUUACCAGACAGGGGAUAUUUAUAAAUGUUCACUGAGCAAACGAAACAAUGGCAAUGGUUGCUCCAAGCUCAACUUAGGAAGGAUAUCUCUGACCAAUGUAUCAGAGCGAAAGGACAAGAUGAGGCUGGGAAUGAUGCUCUCAUCUAACCCUAAAGACAACAGUUUUGUGGCCUGUGGGCCACUAUGGUCCUAUGAGUGUGGGAGCUCUUACUACAGCACUGGCAUAUGCUCCAGAGUCAAUGCGAGCUUCAAGUUCUCCAGGACAAUUGCACCUGCCUUUCAGAGAUGUGAAACAUAUAUGGACAUAGUGAUUGUUCUGGAUGGCUCCAACUCCAUCUACCCCUGGUACGAAGUGCAGGCUUUUCUCAUCAACAUUCUUCAGAAGUUCUAUAUUGGACCAGGUCAAAUACAGGUUGGAGUGGUUCAGUAUGGUGAGAAGGUGGUCCAUGAAUUCAAACUCAGCGACUACAAAUCAGUUGAGGAAGUAGUGAAAAAAGCACGGGGUAUCCACCAACGAGGUGGCGAGGAAACCAACACAGCUCUUGGAAUCAAUGUGGCACGCUCACAAGCUUUCAAGCAAGGAGGUCGACGCGGUGCCAAAAAGGUGAUGAUAGUUAUAACUGAUGGAGAGUCACAUGACAGUGCGGACCUCCAGCAAGCCAUCGAGGACAGUGAGGCGGAUGGCAUCACUCGUUAUGCCAUUGCUGUCCUCGGCUACUACAACCGUAGAGGAAUCAACCCUGAGGCCUUCCUCAAUGAAAUCAAGUACAUCGCCAGCGACCCAGAUGACAAACACUUCUUUAAUGUGACAGAUGAGUCAGCACUGAAGGACAUUGUGGACGCUCUUGGGGAACGCAUCUUCAGUUUGGAAGGAACCAGUAAGAAUGGGACAGCUUUUGGCCUCCAGAUGUCUCAGGCUGGAUUUUCUGCACACAACGUCGAGGAUGGGACUCUGGUGGGUGCUGUUGGGGCUUAUGACUGGAAUGGGGCAGUGCUAAAGGAAACACGACAGGGGAAGGUGGUUCCUCCCAAGUCAUCCUACACAGAGGAGUUCCCUGAAGACCUCAAAAACCAUGGUGCCUACUUGGGUUAUACUGUGACGUCUGUGGUGUCAGCCAGAAAUGGUCGUCUGCUCGUAGCGGGAGCUCCACGAUUUAACCACACAGGCAAAGUCAUUGUCUUCACUCUGAAGAACUCAGGAAACCUCACUAUCCUGCACUCCCUCAAAGGCCAGCAGAUUGGCUCCUAUUAUGGUAGUGAGAUUGCACCUGUGGAUAUCGAUGGAGACGGUAUAACCGACAACCUUUUGGUGGCAGCACCAAUGUUCUUCAGUGGCGGCUUGGAAAAAGGAAAAGUGUACAUCUACAGAGUGACAGAGCUGAAUCGUUUCAUCCCUGAAGGGGCACUGGAAAUCCAUAACGGAGGCCAGAAUGCUCGCUUUGGCUCAUCACUGGCUCCAGUCCCUGAUCUGAAUGGUGACGGCUUCAAUGACUUGGUUGUGGGGGCUCCACUGGAAGAUGAACAUAAAGGAGCUAUUUAUAUUUUCUUUAGCCAGCACAACAGAAUACUACGCAAAUACAAACAGAGGAUAGCAGCAGCAGAUUUAGCUCCUGGCCUGCAAUACUUUGGCCGCAGUAUUCAUGGCACAAUGGACAUGAAUGAUGAUGGUUUAGUGGACCUGGCAGUGGGUUCCUUUGGUGCUGCUGUUCUCCUUUGGUCACAGUGUGUUGUCCGGAUAUACACCACUGUCAGGUUUGAGCCCAGUAAGAUCAACAUCUUUGUUAAGGACUGCCAAAGGGGUGGUAAAGAUGUGACCUGUAUGUCAGCCAUUGCAUGUUUCAACAUCACUGGCAGGACGGCCAUUCCUCCCACUCAGGAAAUUGGGAUCAAGUAUAAUGUCUCCAUUGUGGAGAGGCGUUUCAGUCCUCGGGCGAUAUUGGACAAUCCAAACAAGAUGAAGCCUCAAAACCUGACCCUCCUUCCUGGAGAAGAGACCUGUGAACACAUCUACUUCCACGUCAUGGAGACCAGUGAUUAUGCAAGGCCCAUAGUGUUUGCUGUGCAAGUGGGGCUACAAGUUCCAGAUGACGGAGUAGUCCUAGAUGAAAGCUGGCCUACUGUUGUGAGGGCCGAGCUGCCCUUCUGGAACGGUUGUGACGAGGAUGACCGCUGCAUACCAGACCUUACACUGCAGAGUAUGACUGACCUGAUGACUCCAAAUCAGUUUUGUGUGCAGCCUGUACAGUCUCGUGGCGCUUUUUGCCGCCAUCACGGUGAACGAGGGACAGAGGGAUCACUUCGGGUGCUAGAGGGAAACAGGAGGAGGAUGGUGGUGGACGUCCGCCUCGAAAACAAAGGAGAGAAUGCCUACAAUGCUCGCCUCAAUAUCACCUACACACCCAAUCUACGCUUCUCUAGCCUCAUAGUCAAGGACAAUUCUGACAUCAAAAUUGAGUGUUACAUUGAGGAUAGACUGAGGAAUGAGAAGAUCUGCAAUGUCAGUGCUCCGUUCAUGAGGGCCAAAACACAGGUGACGUUUCGUCUGGAGUUUGAGUUCAGCCGUACCGUCUUCCUCGAACAUGUCAGGGUUAUCCUGGAGGCCAGCAGUGAUGGCGAGGAAAGGAGCACAGCUGAUAAUUUCAAUGAUAUCUAUUACUCACUGAAGUAUGAAGCAGACCUUCUCUUCACUAGGGAUUCAAAAGCAACUCAGUAUGAGAUCAAAUCUGAGUUGUCGCUGGAAGAGCCUGGAGUUAGUGGUCUACCUUUCAACUUCACUUUCCAGAUCCAGAACCUUGGUUACUUUCCAGUAAAAGAUCUGCAGCUGAACAUUGAAAUCCCAGAAAUGACAAAAAAUGGAAACCAACUCCUGCAGAUAUCUGACUUCCAUAUUGACCAGAGAGAUGGUUCACACUGUUUACCAGUACAGCAUGUGGCACAGAGCAGGGCAUCGCCUGAGGACCUUACACGCUUCUCCCGCCUGAACCGAUCCAACACCCUAACUCUGCCAGUCCAGUGCACUGUCAAUGUGGCCUCCUACAGAGAAAUCACAGUUAGAAUCACAGGAGCACUACAACUAGACACCUUACACACACUGAAGUUUAAAAUACUGGAACUGGUAACCAGUGCUUCAGUGGAGCUCCCCUCCUCCAGCCCUAUGUUUUUACAUGAAGAGAGGCCUGUGAGGCAUAUAACACUGGAGAUCAGGAAGGGGGGCGAUUACAGAAUCCCUACGUGGAUUAUCAUUGGGAGUAUGUUGGGAGGGCUCUUGUUGUUGGCCCUGCUCAGUCUCGCUCUGUGGAAGCUUGGCUUCUUCAGGAGACAGAAGCGGAGAGAUAAAGAUGAGCAGGAGGUCAAUGGGAAAGUGGCAGAGGAACGGUAACGCAGGCUGAGGGCCCCCAGCAGACACCUUUUCCACAGGGGACCCAACACUCAGGGACCAACCCACCUCCCUCUGCUCCCAGACACCACAAUGGCACCAUGUAGACAGCUCUGCAUGAUAGCUGAAGCAAGGCAUGUUCAGUGCACUGGAUCUGUCCCACACCACGACCUCUGACCCUUAGAGUAGGCACUGUCACACUCACUUAGCGUUCCUGCACUGUUGCGACAUUAGGGCCUUCUUUGUGUAUGUAUUUCACUGCCGUCCCCUCAAAGCCGUCCCUUCACAGACCAUCAGGGGGUUGUUGUUUUCUUGGCUUCAGGUUGGAACUGGUGGUUUUUAUUUUGACCAUUUAAAAAAAAGAAUAGAGCGAGCUUUGAUCAAUCUGCCCAAGAAUAUCAGGCCACAGUUUGCGCUAAUGGCAAACUUUAACCAAUUGCUCUUUUGUCUCUUCCCAACGUGUAUUUAUUUAUCUCUCAUGGUAAAUUUUAAAAUACAUAAAAACCUCAAGGGUGACUUGCUACCGUAAAUGUAGAAUUAUUAUACUGUAAAGUGAAUUCAGUGUUUUAUCUGCAACAUGUUCAGUUGACUUGCAUAAUAAUUUAUGAAGAAAGAAAACUGAACUAAAGUCACCAAAGUACAGACAAGAUUCAUGAUGUUUAACUUUCAGAGACUCAUGAUUUUUGCUACAGAGAAGAAUCUGCUAAAUAUGCAUCCUCUCUUAAGAGUUCACUCUUUUCUUGUACCAUUUUCAUCCUGAUAAACACACAGGAUUUGAUGCACUUUUACUUUGUACAAAAUUAACUUGAAACUUUGUAAAUAGUCAAGAACCUUUUUAUACCCUUUCAGUAGCAUCCUAGUUUUAAGUAUUCCACGUGGUUUAUGGCAUUACUUUGUCAGUCAAGAAACUGCCGUAGGCAUAUUAGGCAAGUGAACUUUGUGUUACUGAAUCUGUUACAAUGAGACCGUUGCAUGCCCUUUAACGUGCACUGCAUCAGAGCAAAGGGUGAAAUACUGCUGGAAAGAUUUUUAGGAUUUGAACAAAGUAAUUCUUAAACAGAACCAUAACCAAAUGAUAAUCACAUGCCAUGAAGAUGAGUUCAGUGAAUGUACAUUGCUUACAGUAUGCCAGCACCCUCCUGGCCUUACUAAUGAAUGUAUGUCCUAAUUUGAUGAGGUGUUAAAAUCUGUAAUA